GAAAAAGAAAAAAAACAGAACCAAAGAAUCAAUGGCUGGUAGAUUCAGUUAUAUUCAUAUUAGGGGAUGGGAGGCGUCGAACUCAGACGGAUGUUAGGUAAUUUGAACCAAGAGGCCCAAUUUAUUUAUGACUUGGAGAUCCAUUACAACCUAAACCUAAACCUAAACCUAAACCUAAACGAAAUGCUUGCCUUCUCUAAAUUACAACAGCAAUUCUACUCUCCCAUUCUCAAUCAUUUAUCCUUGAACAACAAAUUCCAAUCCCAGAUGCUGACUACAAAGAGACCCACUUGCCCAUCUUGCUCCAAACCGGCCACCAUUUGCCUCUGCAACCGCCUCCCAUCUCCGCUUCCCCACAACUCUGUCUCCGUCACCAUUUUACAGCACACCCUUGAGAAAAACCACCCUCUUAACUCCGCCCGAAUCGCCAAAAUUGGGCUCAAGAAUGUCGAGAUAGUUAGCGUAUCAGAUGUUAAUUUCGAGGCCCAGUUCUUUAUACGGCCACUCCACCGUCAAUUCUGUGCUUUCGAUUUCACCAUUGCAAAAUCCGGUACUUGCAAGAUGGGAAUGAGCUUUGAUGAGCUAUUGGCCUCGGGCGGUGCCGUGGAUGAGAUAAGAAGAGGAUUCGUGGUGAAAAAAGUGAAGCACUCGGAAGGGCGUGAUGAAUUUGAAACCGCAGUUCCCUGUGGAUCAGCUCUCUUGUUCCCCAGUGAAAGCUCUGUUGACGCCGGGAGCAUAGAUUUGGAGGUGAAGAAUCUGAUUGUGCUGGACGGAACGUGGGCCAAGGCGAAGAGAAUGUAUAAGGAGAAUCCGUGGUUGAGGCUGCUGCCGCAUAUAAGGCUAGAUUUGGAUAGAGAUAGAGUGAGCUUGUACAACGAGGUGAGGACUCAGCCGAGGGCAGGCUACUUGUCCACCAUCGAGAGCAUCGUGUAUGCGAUGAAGGCUGUGGGUGAAGAUGUCGAUGGAUUAGAUGGUCUCUUGGCUGUCUUUCAAUCUAUGGUUGAUGAUCAAAGGCGAUGUAAAGAUGAAAGAAUGAGCAAACCAAACUCUUAAUGUUUUACACUUUUUACAUGUAAUUAAAUGCCAAGUCAUCACUUUGGCGAAAUUCUACUUUGGUGUUUGGAUCGGUUAUACAAAUUAUUAGCUUCUUCAUCUACAAAGCUCUUUCUCUUUAAUGAAAGCGAUCUAGAACAAGUCUCGUGGU